GGGCGCACACGGAACAGGCACCGGCGCCCGGAGCGAGCCUGCGGACGGCGAGCCGGGGACCCACCGGGCUGAGCCAGCCGAGCCGCCAGCGAGCCGAGCCCGCGACGACCGCACGCCCCCGAGCCCCGCAGCCGCCCCCGCCGGCCGGUGUCCCUGCCGCCCUCCCUGACCCAUGGCGCUGAAGCGGAUUCAGAAAGAAUUAAGUGAUCUACAGCGUGACCCACCUGCUCACUGUUCAGCUGGACCUGUGGGAGAUGACUUGUUCCACUGGCAAGCAACUAUUAUGGGGCCUCCUGAUAGCGCAUAUCAAGGUGGAGUCUUCUUUCUCACCGUACAUUUUCCGACAGACUAUCCUUUUAAACCACCAAAGAUUGCUUUCACAACAAAAAUUUACCAUCCAAACAUAAACAGUAAUGGAAGUAUUUGUCUUGAUAUCCUGAGGUCACAGUGGUCACCAGCUCUGACUGUAUCAAAAGUUUUAUUGUCCAUAUGUUCUCUACUUUGUGAUCCUAAUCCAGAUGACCCCUUAGUACCAGAUAUUGCACAAAUCUAUAAAUCAGACAAAGAAAAAUACAACAGACACGCAAGAGAAUGGACUCAGAAAUAUGCAAUGUAAAAUCAAAAAAAAUUUCGUAUAUACCAGAGUACUGUAAAAUCUAGGUUUUUUUCCAACAUUAGCAGUAAAUUGAGCACUGUUUACUGUUUCAUUGUACCAUGAAAUCCUUUGAUUUUUACCCAUUUUAAAUGUAUUUCUGAAGCAAGACAAAACAAACUUCCAAAAAUAUCCUUAAGACUGUGAUGAGAGCAUUUAUCAUUUUGUAUGCAUUGAGAAAAGACAUUUAUUAUGGUUUUUAAGAUACUUGGACAUCUGCAUCUUCAGCUUACAAGAUCUACAAUGCAUCUGAAAAGCAACCAAAUUAUUUUUUGCUGAAACUAGAUGUUUUUACAUGAGAAAUACUGUAUGUGUUGUCUAAGAUGUCGUCGGUUUUAUAAAUCUGUAUUCAGAUUUCAUUCUGUGUUAGCUCACUUUAUAAUUUGUAUUUUUUUACUGUAUAGACUAAAUAUAUUCUAUUUACAUGUAUGUCAACUCAUUACUUUUUCCUGUGAACAGUAUUGAAAAAACCCCAACACCUGAUAAUUAAAUGAAUUAACUGUCUGUCCUCCUUGUUUUAGGGUAUUCUGUAGAUCGAUUGCAGAUUUCUUAAACCUGAAAUGAUCUUUACACUGUAAUUCUCAGUAUACUGAUUAUGAAGAAACACUUGUUUUGAUUUUGUUAUACUUGACUUAACUUUAUUGCAAUGUGAAUUAAUUGCACUGCUAAGUAGGAAGAUGUGUAACUUUUAUUUGUUGCUAUUCACAUUUGAAUUUUUUUCUGUAUAGGCAAUAUUAUAUUGACACCUUUUACAGAUCUUAAUGUAGCUUUUUCCAUAUAAAUAAAAAUGCUUUUUCUACUA